GCCAGUUUUCUUUGUUGAAAAUCCAUAUCACCGUAGUUCCUCUUAGGAAGCGUGCGUCGCUGCUUUGAAUAGUGUACUACAGUAAUCCUCCCAGCCUGCCUCUGUUCGAAAGAGCCCUUUCGCAGGAGACUUCAACCCCCACAAUCCCACUCGCGCGCAUGCGCCCUAGGCUCACAGUUGUCAAAGUGCUCUUGCCAGAGAGCAAUUUCUAUUUAUCCUAUACCAAACCCGAAAGAAGGAAAUAGACACACACUGUCCCUACCUUUCAUUGAUCUUUAAAUACAGAACGCUCAAAAGCUGCGCAAACCAUGCAGGAUGAUUUACUGAUGGACAAAAGCAAAGUCCAGCCUCAGCAGCAGCAGCAGCAGCAGCGGCAGGAUCCGAACGCAGCAGAAGCUCCUUCUACCCCCAUCACGUCAGAGACACCCAAACCGGAGGACAACCCAGUGACCAGCAUCGGCUCAGCAGCGGCUCCUGCCCCAAACAGCAAAGAGAAGAUGCAAAUGGAGUCCCCCAUCUUGCCGGGUUUAAGUUUCCACCAGCCUCAGCAGGAGCCUCCAGCCGCCGGCACGUCCUUGUCUCCCUCCUUCGGAAGCACUUGGUCUACAGGGACCACAAACGCAGUGGAGGAUAGCUUUUUCCAAGGGAUUACCCCAGUGAAUGGGACGAUGCUUUUCCAAAAUUUCCCCCACCAUGUCAACCCCGUUUUUGGAGGCACUUUCUCCCCCCAGAUUGGCCUAGCUCAGACUCAGCACCACCAACAGCAGCAGCAAGCACAGCAGCAAGCACAGCAGCAACAGCAGCAAAGGAGGUCGCCGGUCAGCCCUAACCAGGCGCCUUUUGCCCAGAGAAACGCUGCUUACAGCCAUCAGCCCAUCAUGACCAGCAAACCUUCCUCCUCUUCCACCGCCGCCACCUCUUCUCCUUCCAGCUGGAAUAACCAUCAAAAUGCAGCUUGGAGUACGCCUUCCAACCCUUGGGGUGGGCUGCAAGCUGGCAGGGACCCUCGAAGGGCAGUCGGCGUGGGAGUUGGCGUGGGAGUUGGCGUUGGAGUGCCAUCCCCACUCAACCCCAUCUCACCUCUGAAAAAGCCUUUUUCUACCAAUGUUAUUGCCCCACCGAAAUUUCCCCGGGCGGCUCCUCUAGCUCCAAAAUCCUGGAUGGAAGACAACGCCUUCAGGACAGACAAUGGCAAUAAUCUGUUGCCUUUUCAGGACCGGAAUCGGCCCUAUGAUACUUUUAACUUGCACUCUUUGGAAAACUCAUUAAUGGAUAUGAUAAGGACUGAUCAUGAGCCUCUUAAAGGUAAACACUACCCUCCCAGUGGCCCACCAAUGAGUUUCGCUGAUAUAAUGUGGAGGAAUCAUUUUACAGGUCGUAUGGGCAUAAAUUUUCAUCAUCCGGGAACAGAUAAUAUUAUGACACUCAAUACCAGGAGCUAUGGGCGGAGACGAGGUCGAUCUUCACUAUUUCCUUUUGAAGAUGGCUUUUUGGAUGACAGUCAUGGUGACCAGUCUUUAUCAUCAGGUCUCAACUCCCCAACCCGCUGUCAGAAUGGUGAAAGAGUCGAACGCUAUUCUAGGAAGGUGUUUGUUGGAGGGCUGCCCCCUGACAUUGAUGAAGAUGAAAUCACUGCUAGCUUUCGUAGGUUUGGACCUCUUGUGGUGGACUGGCCUCACAAAGCUGAAAGCAAGUCAUAUUUUCCACCUAAAGGUUACGCUUUUCUGCUGUUCCAGGAAGAAAGCUCUGUUCAAGCUCUGAUAGACGCCUGUCUAGAAGAAGAUGGUAAACUUUAUUUAUGUGUAUCAAGUCCCACUAUUAAGGACAAACCAGUACAAAUUCGACCUUGGAAUUUAAGCGACAGUGACUUUGUAAUGGAUGGUUCUCAACCUUUAGACCCCAGAAAAACUAUUUUUGUGGGAGGAGUUCCACGACCCCUCCGAGCUGUUGAACUAGCUAUGAUUAUGGAUCGUUUGUAUGGAGGAGUCUGCUAUGCUGGCAUUGAUACAGACCCAGAGUUGAAGUACCCCAAAGGUGCUGGCAGAGUGGCUUUCUCCAAUCAGCAGAGCUAUAUUGCCGCUAUUAGUGCACGCUUUGUCCAGCUCCAGCACAAUGACAUCGAUAAACGGGUGGAAGUAAAGCCAUACGUGCUUGAUGAUCAGAUGUGUGAUGAAUGCCAGGGUACUCGCUGUGGCGGAAAAUUUGCCCCGUUCUUUUGUGCCAAUGUUACCUGCUUGCAGUAUUACUGUGAAUACUGUUGGGCGAGCAUUCAUUCUCGGGCUGGACGGGAGUUCCACAAGCCGCUCGUGAAGGAAGGAGGCGACCGGCCCCGCCACGUGCCCUUCCGUUGGAGCUGAGGCCCGGGCCGAAGGCCAGCAGUACUGGAGCCAACUGGAUUGAAGGGGGAACGGAGUGCUGCCUCAGGGCUUUUGGUGUUCUGGAAAUCUGUGCAUUCAUCCUUGACUUUAAUGAAGAGAUGGGUCUUUUUAUUAUGAUGAUGGUUAUGAUUAUAAUGAUGAUGAUUAUGAUUAUUUACAGUCACAUUACUGAACGCUACGUCCAGUAUAAUACAAGCCUAGCAGAGUGUAACUGUACUGAUUUUGCACUUUGAUUCACACAAACAUCUGCUUGGUACCUUAAUUUCUUACCGGAGACUUGUCACGGCUAACAAUGAGUAGACUGCUAUCUAUGGUUCAUCAGCCUCCAUUGGGUUGGUGUAUAUGUGAUUAAGACUUUUUUAUUUUUAAAUUAUGUACUUUUAUUUUAAAACUGGAGCAUGCACUUAUUUUCAGAAACUUUGAUUUGCCCCCUAGCACAUGAUUUACCAAAGGUAACACUCGCAAGGAGGUGGCAGAUGUAGCAAAAACUUACAAUGGAUAUUCAGCAAUCAUUCAGAGUAGGAAUAACCCUAAACGAUAUUUAGUUGCUCUCUAUUUUUACUGAUAAGGAUGAUACCUCAUAAGCCGGAUCGCAUUUUCUCCACCCCACCCCCCACCUCCCACACCCCGUUUCUGUUUUGCUGAGGGUUUCCUAUUUGUUUAGGCCUUUUAGUGUUAUGUAAAUGUAUGCUGCAAUAGCUUUUGCUGCUAUUAAGAGGGUAUUACUAAUACCACAUUACUCUAUUCAAGCUAGGGUAUAUCGUUGAAAAAAAGAUAAGUGUGUGAUUUAAAACAGUGAUGGCUGCUGAAAAGAAGAUCAGUGGAGCAUUCAGAAAGCUUCCAAGGAUGGUCAAUGGUUUUGACUGCAUGUUUAUAACCAGGUUGACGCAUGCAAUAAUUUUUUUUUAUAGAUGUCGAAUACAAAAACCUGCCCACAGCGUACCAAUUAAGAUUCUAUGUAGGCUACAAAGUACUCAAUAAAAUAAUUUAAAACACACACACGCACACACACAGACACAUACGCACAGGUUACUGACUGGAGGAAGGCAUGACUAAGUCUAUAUAGAUGCUUCUGAAAUUAAAAUCAGCCCGUAGCCGUAUCACCUAUAUUACAACAAGAUAUUUUUUUAAAAAAAGAAUAGCUGUAGAAAUAUCCUUAAAACAGAUUUGUGAAUGAUAGACGAAGUACUUUGCGGUGCUCUGCUCUAUAUUGUGCAAUUUAUUUUAUAUAUAGUAAAGUGAUUAUGUCUAGUACUGUGAUCAAACUUAACUGUUUAAGCCUCUAUGUCUACCAUUCACACUCUCUUGAAAGUUCAACCAUAGACACAAGUACAUAUGCACACUCACAAAAGAAGUGUUGAGCUCUUAGUUCCUAUCUCAUAAAGGCUGGCACUAUUUAUGUAGCUGCGGCUCCAUGUCCAGGGAACCAAAGAGCUCACGCCAGCAUAUGUAAACUACCAGCUUAGAUUGCGUCUGAUAAAACGGGGGCACGUUUUUGAUUGGGAAUAGCGGUGCUAAAGAAAUGUCUGCGUACAAAAAUUAACUUGGGUAUGAUAUUUAAUUUCUUAAAUCCUGGAUGUAUCCUGUGAAGCUUGAAUAUAUUUGAAAUCUAACCUGAACAGUGGACAUUUUUUUAGCAUAUAAUAUGGGGCUACAAGGCAAACACAUAAACACAUAUUGGUGUGCUAUUUAUGAAAAUGUGAGAAUGUGUACAUUAUUUUUCUGGGUUUUCUGUGGGUUUGUUCUCUGCCCCCCACCCCAUCCCUAGUUUUGGAAGUCUGGGGACAGUCUUGACUGGAUAUGGCGCCGCCGAGUAGGUGUUGAAAUGUCCCCAUUUUGAGUGUUGUGAUGGCCUUGUUGAUGUUGUAACUUUCUACAUUUUCUUUUUGUAUUCGGUUGGAAUUAUUGGCUUGCGGGUGGGAGGGGGAGAAAAUAUUUCUCUGUUGAAAAAAAAAAUAGUUUUUUACUGGUUUAAAAAUAUUCAUUCUUCUUGGUAUCCCUUUUGCAAUUUCUCCUGGGCAUUUUUCUGAUAUUGCUUUAUCUAGCCCAGCAAUCUAUUUCGGUUUGUUUGGGGUUUUCUUCUUAUUUUCCCUUUCUUUUUUUCAUCUAUACAAGAUUUGUUAUGCACUACUUUUUGUAACUAGACAGUUUUCAAUAGUUGGCAGAUUAUUGUUUUUUAAAAGAAAAAAAAGGCAUGCUUUCUGACUGACAUGAUCUUUUGCAAUACCUCAAUUUUGAAAUAUAGGAAAGAAAAUAUUUUCUAAGUAAGUUUAUUCAGAAAAAAAUAUAUAUUAAUUUAAUUCUGUGAGGAAAUGAUUUAACAGAUGGGUAACUUUAUUUUUUUCAUGCUUAUUUGCGUUUUUGAAAAUGAAGAAGUUAGAGCUUUAUAACUGUGUUUGAAGAUCAUAGCUAUCCUACCGAAGUCUACCUAAUUAUGUGAAACAAUUAAACAUUGAUGAAGAAAUGUCCCUUUUCCACAUACAAACAUAGCUGGGAAGAAAGGAGAAAAGGGGGGAAGUUAUGUAAAACAAUGAGAUUAAAAUGAGUACAGCGAGGAGAUUUAAAAAAAAAAACAACUGCUUUGGUGCUGGAAGUUGUGAACAGAAGGUGGAAAACCUGUUUUGCCCUUAAUUUGUAUAUUUAUAAUCAAGCGAUUAUGCACGACUGACCAGAAUUGUGAGAGUUCUUCUGUUUGUAUUUUUUUAAAGAUAAUUUUUAGUUUAUUAAAUUAUAACAAGGUCCCCUUUUGUUUUGUAAAUGAAUGUGCCCCCCCCCACCCCCCAGGUUGUUAAUAUAUCUUACCCCGUUAUUCUAAGAGGGUCCUUCCAAGAAAAGAAGUUAUUUUUUAAAACAAAAGUGUUCUGAACUACAACUGGAUGAAGGAGCCCCCCCCUGGGUACCACCGGCCCACGCGUGGCCUUCCCUCCGUGCGAGACUUGAACUAGUCGGUUUUCUUUUUGAAAGCAACUUAACCUCGACUUAUUUGUUGUUAUGUGCAAUACUGUUUGUACUCUUUGUAUAAAAAAGAAAAAGAAAAGAAAAAAGGCAUAAAUCUUUAUUGCAAAUUUAUUUUCAUUGCAAACUUUAGACAUUGUGAUUCACGAAGAUCAUUUUUCUACUGUCAAAUAUGUACCUUUUUCUUCAUGCUGGUAUUUUUUCAAUAGUAACGUAGCCUUUGUACUGAGACAGAUUUUCAUUGUUAUUUUUAGAAAGAUUUUUUGCUAAGAGAAAUUUAAACAUUGACAUAUUUUUCAUUUUUAUUUCGGAUUUUCUUUAAGGAAUGCUUUCUCAACCAUUAAUAUAGUCGUUUGUGGGAGAGGCUUUCAUAUCUGGUCAAUGUCAUUAAUAUUAUUUUGUAUUUUUACUUGGAAUAAAUUAAUUUUAUGAUGCUAA